AUGGAGACGUGCGUGCUCAUACCGAAAGAGCUGUCCUUGCAGGCGGUGCCCGUGGCCAACGUGCAGCGGUCCAACAACAACAGACACCACGUGGAACCGGAGAUCACAGUCAUGACAAACGUCAACGUGCCCAGGGGCACGCUCAUCUACCCGUUCCAGGGCACAGUGCGCAUGGACAAGCUGGACGUUUUCUCGUUUCUGGAUGACACAGACAUAAGGCACAGAUUCGGUUGCUACGACCAGGUGACCGAGGUGAACAGACUCCGAGUGCGUUAUUGUAAUUGGGUCCGGUUUUUGAAAAUCACGCAGCACCAUUCCGAACAACAUGUCAACGUAUUGGGAACCAAAAUAAAAGGUGAACCUAUGUACGAAGUGAUAAAAAAUAUACCCGCAAACACGGAGUUGAUCGUGCAUUACCUGCCGGAGCGACCUGAAGAGAUAUUCUUCAUGCCUGCCGUCCACUACUUAAGAAACACUCUAUACAGACGCACGAUGGACACAAUUCUGGAAGAUUCACCAUUAGAUCUAUCCAUGUCGUUACUUUCUCGGGCAUUUGGUACGUCUUCCGCGUCGUCAGCAUCUUCUCCACCCAGCGGACUGGAUACGGACGAACGCAAGUCACUGUCCGGUGAAUCGUCUUCGGCCAACUCUUUGUCCGGCGACACAGCAUCGCUAGACCACAACGUGAAUAUGAUCGUGUGUAACACAACUCCAGUAAAACCGAGACCAUUUCGCGGCGAGCGCACUCUUCUGCCGUGCGAGGUUUGCCGUAAAGCUUUCGAUCGACCGUCAUUGCUCAAGAGACACAUGCGUACUCACACCGGUGAAAAGCCACAUGUAUGCGCAGUGUGUAAUAAGGGUUUUUCGACAUCGAGCUCGUUGAACACUCACCGGCGAAUCCACAGUGGCGAAAAACCGCACCAGUGCGGAGUCUGUGGAAAACGAUUCACAGCCAGUUCUAAUCUCUAUUAUCAUCGAAUGACUCACAUCAAGGAGAAACCACACAAAUGCACACUAUGUGCCAAAUCGUUCCCUACGCCUGGCGAUCUAAAAUCUCACAUGUACGUUCACAAUGGAUCAUGGCCUUUCAAAUGUCACAUUUGUAACAGAGGUUUCAGCAAACAUACAAAUCUGAAAAAUCACUUGUUCCUGCACACCGGGGACAAACCGCACGCGUGCGAACUAUGCCAAAAGAAAUUUGCUCUCGCCUGCAACCUGAGAGCACACAUGAAGACCCACGAGAGUGAAACCCAAGAGGAGUGUAACAAAUGCGGUAAGGUGUACAUGGCACCGGAAACGGACAAGGGUCGUGGCGGCGCGUGUCCAGAGUGCGCUCCGUCAUCGCAUCACUCCCCGACCGACGCCGCAUUGGCCACUGCGGGGAGUUCGCCGCCGGACGAGGAGCGGUCUUACGGGGACGAUUCUGAAGACUGUUCGUCGAUGGGAUCCGCAGACGAUUGUAACGGUAGAGGCUGCAUAUGAACGGCUGCGGUGGUGCUGUGACGUAGGUGGCAGGGCGUCUCCGACUACCGUCUUCACGGAUGUCGCACGCACACCCUUAAAACACGUUAAUAUAUUAUUAAUUAAAAUUAAAAAAAUACCGAUACUAUAUCGAAAAACGAAAAACUAUACACGAAAAUACAAUUCGUGUGCAUCGCAUCGCAUUUGCCGUCGUAUACUUAUUUCCACAUGUAACACACCUUGUCGACGACGAAAGCGGCAUCAACGACGACAACGAUAAUAUCAUAUUAUUAUCUAUUCUAUGGAUAAAAUAAUAUCAAUAAUAUCGUCAUAAAUUAUGCGUACGCUCGACGACGGGGAAACAAACAAAACAUAUAAUACGCAACAGAGCACUUAGGCUUUUAUCGAUUUUCGUGAUUUUACGACCAGGUUGAACAUAAUAUUAUUAUUAUUAUUAUUAUUAUUAUUAAAAGAACGAAACAAAUUUUACGAGUUUUCAGAGUAACAAUGUCGUAAAACAAAUGUAAUUAAUGUGUCGGCGCGUAUUUUUAUUUUUCGUAUCGUUUACUCAUCGUUAAUUAAUCUGCUAUCUGCAACUAUCGCAUAUUUUUGUAUGUGUUCUGUGUAUAAUAUAUAUAUAUAUAUAUAUUAUAUAAUUAUAAAUAACACGCCGAGCUAAAAGAGCGAGCGUUUUGUAUUAUUAAAUUAAGAAAUAAGAUUAUUACUAUUUACUAUUAUUACUUAUCAUCAUUAUAUUAUUAUUAUAAUUAUUAUCUCAUUAACGGUUUGUAUAAUUUAAGGAAUUGACGUAAUAUAUCUUCGUUUUAUUUUAUUUAUUUUUUUAUCACAACCACGGUGUACAAUACUCUGCCACUCUAAUACAGGUGUGGUGAUCUUUUGACCGUGAUCGAUCUACAAUUACAAUGUUAUAAUAUUAAACGAUUAAUGUAUAUUAUUUUUAUAAGUGUCACAGCGAAUACGUUCUAAACAUACGUAUUACUGCGGAGUCGCACUCGUGUGCAUAAUAUUAAAUAUGAUAUUAUUAUGUAUAUUGUAGUAUUUUUAAUUCUAGUCACUUUAUUAUUAUCAUCAUUUAUAAUUUUUUUUAUGAUUAUUAUUCACUAUAUUUAUAUACAGUGUAUAUUUUAUUUGUUGUACAUAUCAUAUUAUAUAUUAUAUUAAUAAUAUAUAUAUAUAUACUUUUGAGUUAAGUUUUUAGUAUUACUCAUAUGAAGAACCUGUGUUUUAAUGAAAAAAAAAUUGAAAAUAAUAUUUAUUAUUCACGUGUAAAAUCUAUAUACUUACUAAAUGUACGUCUUACAAUACAUUUAUAAUAUAAUAUAUUAUAUACAUUUUUUAUUUUUUAA